CGACGUCAGGCGUAAAUAGAUCUUUCGAUAUCGAAAAUUGUCAGGAAGUUGAUGUGCCUUUGAGAAUAUUCGCGGAACAUCACAAAUUUGAUCGAAGUUCAAUUAUUUUAAGGACCAUCUUAAGCGGUGCAUGUGGGUGGUACAGGGGCGAGUGGGGCAAAGUGGGACGUGAUGAUAAUGGAAUGACAGCGAAUUUUGGCGAAUUGUCGAGGUAUUUUCCAUUUCAAUCUGAACAACAGUUGGCACCGAAAAAAAUUAUUUGGAUUCUUAAUUUCUCUAUGUCUGUCUCUCAAUACGUUUUUUAUGUGCGACAACUGAAGACAAGAGAAAAUAAAGUACAUGUGGAAGAAACAUAUCCUCGGAUUCCAACUCAUGAAAAAUUCCUCACAAUCAUCAUGAUGAGAUUAAACCCCAAUCUCUCGAUAAUUUCGAUCGCUUGAUACUUCAGUACGCAGGUGUUGAUGAUUUUAUAAUUUAUCGAGACCCCAGGUGUACGAUUAGAUAUAUCUCGAAACUAUAUAAGGGAAUUUCGUUGGGGGGAGCUCAGCUUACGGUGAUAAUCCAAGGAAAUGUUGGGACUCAAGGUAUUGGUUAUCGUGGGCUUCUGUGUGGCUGCUUCCCUGCAGGAUACUCCAUUCACCAAGUGCAAGACGGGUGGGCCACCGCCGGAAAGCCUGAGGAUCAAGGGGUGCAAUACGACACCCUGUAAAUUCAUCAAGGGGACGGAUAUCAAGGCUGAGUGGGAUUUCAAUGUCGUUGCUGACACAGAUGAUCUCCACCCAAAAGUCCUCGUCAAAGUCGCGGGCUUCACCAUCGACUACCCUCUACCUGAGCAGGACGCCUGCAAGUCCCUCACGAACGGUGAAUGUCCAUUGGAGAAGGGGGAGUUGGUCUCAUAUGGGCUGAAGAUGCCGAUCCUCAAAAUGUACCCUUCCACCAAACUCCACUUGACGUUUUCUCUGGUAGAUCAGCAUAAGAACACCCAGGUCUGCUUCGAAGUGGAUGCUGCAGUCAUUGAUUAAAACCUCUGAAUAACAAUGUCGCUCAAGUAAUUAAAUAUUUAAUUGGUCAUUAAUUUUAUUGUAAUAAAUUCGAUGGAAGGAGAAGAGA